CGAAGGCGAGCAUUUUGAUACCAGGCCACAAGCAGAUACCGAUAGUUGCUAACAGAAAAAGGUUAUAUAACAUCGAAUAUUUUGAUUGUAUCUCUGCUUCUCGUAAUCUUCCUAUAGGGAAGCGUCGAGUUUUACCUCAAAAGUGGCACAUUUUCCGUGAUAUUUUGACUCUGGUACAUCAUUUCAUCACUUUUAAACGGAUCAUCAUGGCUGAUGAUUUUGACGUUGAGGCCAUGCUGGAGGCCCCAUACAGAAAGGAUGAGAACAAGUCCUCUCAUGCAAACGGACAUGAAGAUUCAAGCAAGAAGAAAAGGAGGAGUCGAAGCAGGAGCCGGAGCCCAGGCUCUAAGAAGAGAAGGAGCAGAAGCAGAGACAAAAAGAAGGGGAAGAAGAGGAGCAGGAGCCGAGAGAGAAAACGAAGCCGCAGCAGAGAGCGCCAUCGCAGUCGCUCUCGAAGCAGAGAACGUUCUGGGCGGUACAAAGCACGCAAAAGCCCCAUCCGAAAACGAUCCAGAAGUCGGAGCCCUCCAUUCAAAAAAGAAAGGAGCCCCGUCAGACAACCCAUCGACAAUCUAACACCAGAGGAGAGGGACGCCCGCACAGUUUUCUGUAUGCAGCUCGCUGCCAGAAUCAGAGCUCGAGAUCUGGAAGAUUUCUUCUCAGCUGUUGGAAAAGUUAGAGAUGUGAGGAUGAUCUCAGACAGAAACUCCAGGAGGUCAAAGGGGAUUGCAUACAUAGAGUUUGUGGAGGCUUCAUCUGUACCACUGGCAAUUGGAUUGACUGGACAGAGGCUUUUAGGAGUGCCCAUCAUCGUCCAGGCUUCACAGGUCAUGGCAGAGAAAAACCGGGCUGCAGCAGCUGCCAAUAAUCUACAGAAGGGUAGCUCUGGCCCAAUGCGGCUGUACGUGGGCUCACUGCAUUUCAACAUCACUGAAGAGAUGCUUCGAGGGAUUUUUGAACCUUUUGGAAAGAUCGAGGGGAUCCAGCUGAUGAUGGAUAGUGAGACAGGACGAUCCAAAGGAUACGGCUUCAUAUCGUUUGCAGAUGCAGAAUGUGCAAAGAAGGCUUUGGAGCAGCUGAACGGCUUUGAGCUGGCUGGGCGCCCAAUGAAGGUGGGGCACGUCACAGAGCGCUCAGAUUCAUCAACAGCAAGCUCAAUCUUGGACAAUGAUGAACUGGAGAGAACUGGUAUUGACCUGGGAACAACCGGACGUCUGCAGCUCAUGGCUCGACUAGCAGAAGGAACUGGUCUGAAGAUUCCUCCUGCUGCUCAGCAGGCUCUGCAGAUGACUGGCUCCAUCCCCUUUGGAAACAUCGGUGCUCCACCAGCUGUUCCAACUCCAGCUCCAAGCCAAGCCUUGAACCUCCCAUCACAGCCACUGGCCACACACUGCCUUCAGCUGUCCAACCUUUUCAACCCACAAUCGGAAAAUGAUCCAACAUGGGCCAUUGAGAUCCAGGAUGACGUUAUUGAGGAGUGCAACAAACAUGGAGGAAUUGUUCACAUUUAUGUUGAUAAAAAUUCUCCUCAAGGUAAUGUGUAUGUGAAGUGUCCAUCAAUACCAGCAGCGAUGGCAACAGUAAAUGCACUUCAUGGGCGCUGGUUUGCAGGUAAAAUGAUAACAGCUGCCUAUGUUCCCUUACCGACCUACCACAACCUUUUCCCAGAUUCAGUAACAGCUAAGCAGCUUUUGAUGCCAACACGUCGAUAGUCUGAUACAAGCUUAUGAAAGUUCAUGUAAAUACAUUUGUUUGCGUUUAUGGAAAUGUCAUUGAAACAGACGCAUUGAAAUUAGUCGGCUGUGUGUAAUAAAAGUUGCCUCACGUUCAUGUGUUGACCUAUGGAGAAUAGGCAUUCUCUUUUGAGUUGCUUUUCAGAUUUUUUGUGGGUUUUGUGUUGUAAAACUACCACUGAGAAGUAAUCUGCAGGUAUCUAUUGGUCUGUAUGUUUUUAAAUAUUACUGUCUUAUCUGCUUGUUUAAAAUCAACAGUUUUAGAUUUAAGAGAAAUUCAGAGAAAUUCAGAGCUAAGUUGGGUUAAUAGGCCUUAAAUGCCAAAAGUAUAUCAAUGUCAUGAAUAAUCCUUUGUAACUUUUUACAGCCAUAAUUUCAUUUUUUUGUAUGAAGGCUCCCAAUAAACUUUGGCAGAUUUGA